CUAAAGAGCUUAUGAUUCUAUGCUGUUAAUAAUACAGCUGUCACAGACGUGUAUCGGGAAGACAACUUUCCAAUAGAUUGGAUCGCAGCUCAAUGCGUCUUUCAUCUCACUUCUGAGGAUUUCUCGGAUAAAUGGACAAGGUGUUUAUCGGCGUCGAAGGAAACUUUUAUCAUCAUAUCUGCCUUCAAAGAUUCGUAUUCUCAAUCGUCAUAUGUAAACUGGAACAGAUAGGAGAUGACUUGAAUAGAACAUGUUGAACACUACUUCAAAAUGGAGUAGCUCCAAAAUAUUACUCAGAUAUUCCAAGAACUGAAUAACCAUGCCUUCUGGCAAGACCAAGAAGCGCUCUAAUAGAAUUGUGAUAAAUGUUGGUGGAGUGCGACAUGAAACCUUUCUGAGUACGCUUAAGACCAUUCCAGAUACACGACUGUCUUAUCUUGGGGAUCAUCACACCACAGUCGCUCGAACACCGGAAUAUGAUACCGUGAAGGAGGAGUACUUUUUCGACAGACACCCGGGGGUUUUCACACAGAUCCUAAACUUUUACCGUACAGGGAAGCUUCACUGCCCUUCAGAUGUUUGUGGUCCAUUGUUUGAGGAAGAACUCAGCUUUUGGGGUAUUGAUGAACAGCAGGUCGAAACUUGCUGUUGGGAAAAUUAUAAGCAACACAAAGAAAAACAAGAAAAAUUAAAAUAUUUCAAGCUUCCUGGAUACGAGGAGGACCCCGAGGAAAGAUUUCUGUCUGAGGACUCGGGACUCUUCGAAGACGUUGAUGAAGUACAAUCAUGGUGGUCGAGAUAUCAGCCCAAGGUCUGGAAGAGCCUUGAAGAACCUUACACUUCCUCUUGGGCAAAGCUGGUGGGAAUUGUCUCGUUUGUGGUAUUCACAGCUUACAUUAUCAAAUUCUCUUUGUCAACUCUGGAGUACUUCAGCGACAAGACUGCUCCUCAAUACAUAGCCUUAUCAGUGACACACCUCAUAUGUAUCUCAUGGUUCACGAUGGACUUUGCUCUUAGGCUCCUGUUUUCACCCAAAAAACUCGCCUUUGUCAAAAGUCCCUACACGUGGACAGACUUGAUACCUCUGGUGCUGUUAUAUGUAUUCUUUUUCCAUCCGUCCAUGGAGGAGAUACCAUUUUUAGAGAUGCUUGUCAUGUUAAAAGCUGCGCGUAUUUUCCAGUUAUUUAAACUGUCUUACGUUCUUCAAGUGCUUGUUAAUACCCUAAAAGCCAGCUCUCUUGAGCUGUGUCUCCUGCUAGUCAUUACUGGCUUCGUUAUGGUUGUGUUUGCAAGUGUUGUGUAUUAUCUGGAAAGACAUGACUUAAAUAGCGACUUCAGAAGCGUCCCUGAAAGCAUGUGGUGGGCUGUAAUCACUAUGACAACGGUCGGUUACGGUGAAGUUCAUCCUCGCACAUGGAUUGGAAAGACUGUUGGUAGCGCAUGUGCAAUAUGCGGGGUGCUGGUCAUUGCUCUACCAGUAUCAGUGGUCGCAAGUAACUUUUCCCUCUUUUACACGUACGCCAAAGCGAGGCUCAACCUACCGCCUAAAAAGCGGCGGGUGGCUUUUUCUCAUGCUCUCACGUCCAUGCAUAACCAGAGAUCACAAGAGGGACCUGAAAACAGCACACAUGCGAACUUUACGUCACUGUGCAGCGAGAGACAAACUGAACGAAGCUUUCCGUCAGAGAUUUCGAUAAGUUGUUCCAUAACUCCCAGAGGAAGUCUAAAGAAAUCAUCUUUUUGGUCGCUGCGUUCGAUGACCAAACUACUAAGACCGAACAGACGAGCUAACGUGAGUCGGAGCAAGUCUUUGAAUUCUGUUCUUUCAGAUUACAAGCUAAUGAAGGAGGUACCCGUAGAAGGCAUAACGUUGAAGUUCGAACCGCCUUCGAGAGUUCCCUCCGCCGCUGAUAUAACUAAAGACCAACCAGAAGGAGAGAAUGCUCUGCUUCACGUGCCAGCGGAGGAAAGAAGAAAACAUUCAACGAGAGAUUCUCAAAAGGAAAUCUCAAGGCCAUCUGCGCUAAUAAACAAAUCACUCUACCCACUCCACCUUAGACGAGGAGCCGUGUCACCAGCCUCAUUCAGCCUAAAGAGCGCGUCAACAGCUUCUAGUUUAAACGCACUUCCAAGAGGAUACAAUGAGCUUUACAACGCACUUAGUGGUAAAGGACCUAUUAUUCUCUUGUCAGAUCAAGCCAGCGUGCAAAGCCUUUGCUCGAUCAACUCACGGAUGACUUGUUCGUGUUCAAGUUUGAGAAGCGCCGGAAGUGAUGGUACGAUUCCCGAUGUGAUUGGUGAGAACCGAACGCGCAUGGGUAGUGAUGGAAAUUUUCCGUUUAGUCCCACCGAAAAGGUCGACGGGAUACAGGCAACAUUAACAGUACCCGUAGAGUCUCAUGGAAAACGAAGAGAUGAUACCGAGAGUCGUAACAGCGUCAAAGAAGCCGAUUAUCCCCUCGCACCGAAAGAACACAAGAAAUGCAGAAGGCAUGAUCAUAGAAACAAAACUGAGGAGGAUGAGUUUGUACCAGUUGAAUUUAUGACGAUACCAAAUGUAACAAAUGGUGAAAAGCCUACAAGUUACGAUGGAAACCUUGGGAUAAUUUGUCAGAACAACACAGCCGAGUCACAAAACGUGGAUCAAAUCAAUACAAAUUGGCAGCAUAAUCAGCAGCAAACAAGUCCUCCCCAACCUGCUGUAGAGGAAAAAAGUCCGCCAGACAAGGAUAACCUCUCGCGAGAAGAUGGUCAAGAAGAUGAAAAUAUGUCACUCGAGAAAGUUGUCCCGGACAUUAAUGUACCUGUUAAACCUGUUCCAGUGAUAGGGCGGGCCGCGUCCGCUUUUUCUAUCAUGGAAUACAGCAUUGGUAAAAAUAUCACGUCAUGUAACGACGGAAGCCAACCAGCGGAGAAUAACUCAACUCGCGACGACAUUGGGCGUAAAACCCUUCAGCGACGUCACAGUGCCUUCACUCCCUGUCAUGACAACACAACACCGCGCAGGGGACAUUUGAGUAGCAGUUACAUGAAUAGUCAUGUGAAUGAGCGUGAACCGCUAAUUAAUGGAAAUGUUAUGCGGGCUUAUGAUUCUAUUAGAGAAAAAGAACAAAGCAUCGAUGAUAAAGAUAUUCAAGACUGGAAAAGGAUGAGGAAAACCGGCGUACUUUCUUGUCACUUGCAAACAAACCUUGAAAUUCAGAGAAGCAAUCCAUCUUUGGAGGAAAGUUCAAAUAUGACUGAGAACAAUUCUGCACAUGAAAGUUCGAACCAAGAAAGAACAUUCCAAUCUUUGCAACCAUUUUCGUCAGACACGGAAUCAACAAACUCGGAGUGUAGCCCUAAGGGCCCCAUCACAAAUGUCGAGCACGAACAUGAGAAAACCAGAACAUCAAGGGUUUAAGAAGCACUUUCUUAUCUCUUUCUCAUGUAAAACAAAUACAGUUUUAUUCUACUUGUAUUUUCUCUUCUUGUACACGGAAUUUCCAGUGCAGUUGUGAUCGAAGCUGAUAAAAGAUAUUUUCCGGUGGAAAAAACAACCAGCCGAUUCUUAUAACAUGUAACAAAUAUGAUUAAAUAAGGAGAAACAAUGUUCGCGUUAGACUUUGGCCAUUUCGUAAGUUGAGGAAGGAAAAGAAAUAGUUCUUAACAAACAGCAUUUAGUCUGUUAUAAAGUUUGGGUAAAGAUAAAAUGAUGAAAAUUUCCGAAAAAAAAAAAGAAUUGGUCUUAUUUCUUGAUAUCAUAUGGCCUGUGUCUUUGAAAAACAUUAAAGAGCAAUUACUGAAAUUUACUU